GCGCAGGCUCCAGCCGCGCGCCACAGCGAGAGAGAGGCGGGCGGAGAGGGACCCGCUCCUAACUCACUCCCGGGGCUUGACCCGAUGCGAGGGAUGUUGGCGAGGCGCGCGGAGACUCCUCGGCUCCUCGGCUCCGGUUCUUGCUGCUGCUGCUGCCGCCGCCGCCGCCGCUGCUGUGGGAAGCACGGGAUGUGAACUCCCUGCAAAAGCAUGACUAGGAUUGCGUCGCUUGCCAUUCUUUUGCAGCUCUUGCGGACCACCGGGGGACAGGGCUUCGCAGGCGGUUGUUCGUUUGAUGAACACUACAGUAACUGCGGUUAUAGUGUGGCACUGGGGACCAAUGGAUUUACUUGGGAACAGAUUAAUACCUGGGAGAAACCGACAAUGGAUCCAGCUGUUCCAACUGGGUCCUUCAUGAUGGUGAAUAGUUCUGGGAGAGCAUCUGGUCAAAAAGCUCACUUGCUUUUACCAACGCUGAAGGAAAAUGAUACCCACUGUAUUGACUUCCAUUACUACCUGUCCAGCCGAGACCGUUCCAGCCCAGGAUCUUUGAAUGUUUUUGUGAAAGUCAAUGGUGGGCCUCAAGGAAACCCUAUCUGGAAUGUCUCUGGAAUUGUUACAGAAGGUUGGGUGAAAGCAGAACUGGCAAUCAGCACAUUCUGGCCACACUUUUAUCAGGUGAUAUUUGAAGCAGUUUCAUUGAAAGGGCAUCCUGGGUACAUAGCUGUGGAUGAAGUCAGAGUCCUUGCCCAUCCAUGCAGAAAAGCUCCUCACUUCCUGCGGCUUCAGAACGUGGAGGUUAAUGUUGGACAGAAUGCAACAUUUCAGUGUAUUGCUGGAGGAAAGUGGUCUCAACACGACAAACUGUGGCUACAGCAAUGGAAUGGCAGAGACACAGCUUUAAUGGUCACCAGAGUAGUGAACCACAGACGUUUUUCUGCAACUGUCAGUGUAGCUGACACUUCCCAAAGGAGCAUCAGUAAAUAUCGAUGUGUCAUCCGCUCAGAUGGUGGAUCUGGGGUUUCAAACUAUGCAGAAUUAAUAGUGAAAGAACCUCCUACUCCUAUUGCACCCCCUGAACUUCUAGCAGUUGGAGCCACAUAUCUGUGGAUCAAACCAAAUGCCAACUCUAUCAUUGGCGAUGGGCCUAUUAUCCUGAAAGAGGUGGAAUAUCGUACAACCAAUGGGAACUGGGCAGAAACCCACAUUGUUGAUUCACCCAAUUACAAGUUAUGGCAUCUGGAUCCAGAUGUGGAAUAUGAGAUCAGAGUGCUUCUUACUCGCCCCGGAGAAGGAGGAACCGGACCUCCUGGGCCUCCACUCACAACAAGAACAAAAUGUGCAGAUCCAGUGCAUGGUCCUCAGAAUGUGGAAGUUGUUGACAUCCGAUCCCGGCAGCUGACUUUGCAGUGGGAGCCCUUUGGUUAUGCUGUGACUCGUUGCCACAGCUAUAAUUUGACUGUCCAUUACCAGUAUGUAUUCAACCAGCAGAAGUAUGAGGCGGAGGAACUAAUUCAGACAUCAUCACACUACACUUUGCGAGGACUACGACCCUUCAUGACCAUUCGUCUAAGAUUGGCUCUUUCAAAUCCAGAGGGCAAGAUAGAGAGUGAAGAACUAGUAGUGCAAACCGAAGAGGAUGUUCCUGGAUCUGUCCCCCUUGAGUCCAUUCAAGGAGGGCCCUUUGAAGAGAAGAUUUAUGUUCAGUGGAAGCCACCAAAUGAAACAAAUGGGAUAAUUACACUCUACGAGAUUACAUACAAGGCUGUUGGAUCCCUUGAUCCCACUGCUGAUCUGUCGAACCAGAGAGGAAAGGUCUUCAAACUAAGAAAUGAAACUCACCAUCUGUUUGUAGGGUUAUAUCCAGGAACAACUUACUCAUUCACCAUCAAAGCCAGCACAGUGAAGGGGUUUGGACCUCCCAUCACCACACGGAUUGCAACUAAAAUUGCAGCACCAUCAAUGCCAGAAUAUGAUGCAGAUUCUCCCUUGAAUGAAACAGAAACCACUAUCACAGUCAUGCUGAAGCCUGCACAGUCUCGUGGAGCACCUGUAAGUGUUUACCAACUUGUUGUGAAAGAAGAAAGACCACAAAAGUCACGAAGAGCUGCAGACAUUAUUGAAUGUUUCUCUGUCCCUGUGAGCUUCAGAAAUGCUUCAAGUCUUGACUCUCCACAUUACUUUGCUGCUGAGCUGAAACCAGUGAACCUUCCUAUCACACAGCCCUUCACAGUGGGAGACAACAGAACAUACAAUGGCUAUUGGAAUGCUCCACUUUCACCAUUGAAAAGCUACAGCAUUUACUUUCAGGCUCUCAGUAAAGCAAAUGGGGAGACCAAAAUCAACUGUGUCCGGUUGGCCACAAAAGCAGUAAUAAGUAGGCAACAGGUGACCACCCGAAAUCCACCCAGCCUCAUGAGCACAGGAGCUUCUACACAGAACUCCAAUGCAGUAGAACCAGAAAAGCAAGUUGACAAUACAGUGAAAAUGGCAGGAGUUAUAGCUGGUCUUCUGAUGUUUGUUAUUAUCCUUUUGGGCGCAAUGCUUACCAUCAAGAGGAGGAGCGGUGCAGUAGAUCCAAGAAGAAAUGCAUAUUCCUACUCCUAUUACUUUAAGCAGAAGAAUCUUUCAAAAAUAUUUUAUUCAAGGAAACUAGCAAAGAAGCAAAAAGAAACCCAAAGCAGCAGUCAAAGAGAAAUGGGACCGGUGGCUGCUUCUGACAAGACUUCUACAAAGCUUGGUGCUGUUCAUAAUGAAGAAGCUUUCACGUCAAGCUGUCAAGAUGUUAAUGGCUUCACACCAUCCUCUCCUUGUUCAUUUUCUAUCCAAAGCAAAACGCUUCAGAGCAAAUCAUUGUUGAAUUCCUACUAUUCAGUAUCAUCAGACACUGUUCCAUCGACCACACUGUUAGACAAUAGCCAUGGGGAGAUGACUCAGCCGACAUUGACAAUCCAGACCCAUCCCUAUCGAAGCUGUGACCCAGUGGAAAUGUCCUAUCCCAGGGGACAGUUCCAGCCAGCAAUCCGAGUGGCCGACUUGUUGCAGCACAUCACUCAGAUGAAACGGGGACAGGGCUAUGGAUUUAAAGAGGAGUAUGAGGCUCUACCCGAGGGGCAGACAGCAUCUUGGGAUACAGCCAAAGAAGAUGAAAACCGCAAUAAGAAUAGAUAUGGCAACAUCAUCUCCUAUGAUCACUCCAGGGUGAGGCUGCAGUUGCUGGAUGGAGAUCCCCAUUCAGACUACAUAAAUGCCAAUUAUAUAGAUGGAUACCAUCGGCCUCACCAUUACAUUGCAACACAAGGACCCAUGCAAGAGACAGUGAAGGAUUUUUGGAGGAUGAUCUGGCAGGAGAACUCUGCAAGUGUUGUCAUGGUCACCAACUUGGUGGAAGUAGGCAGGGUGAAGUGUGUCAGAUACUGGCCUGAUGAUACUGAAGUCUAUGGCGAUAUCAAAGUCACCUUAAUCGAGACAGAACCAUUAGCAGAGUAUGUCAUACGCACUUUUACAGUCCAAAAGAAAGGCUAUCAUGAAAUUCGAGAGAUUCGGCAGUUCCACUUCACCAGCUGGCCAGAUCAUGGGGUUCCUUGUUAUGCCACAGGCCUUCUGGGCUUUGUUCGACAAGUGAAGUUUCUGAAUCCACCAGAGGCAGGACCUAUUGUUGUGCACUGCAGUGCUGGUGCUGGGAGGACAGGGUGCUUUAUUGCCAUUGACAUCAUGUUGGACAUGGCAGAGAAUGAAGGUGUGGUGGACAUAUUUAACUGUGUGAGGGAACUGCGGUCCCAGAGGGUCAACUUGGUGCAGACAGAGGAGCAAUAUGUAUUUGUUCAUGAUGCCAUUCUGGAAGCAUGCCUUUGUGGCAACACAGCCAUCCCUGUUUGUGAAUUCAGGUCCAUCUAUUACAACAUCAGCAGACUGGAUCCACAGACAAAUUCCAGCCAAAUAAAAGAUGAAUUUCAGACACUUAAUAUAGUUACACCCCGAGUACGACCAGAAGAUUGCAGCAUUGGACUCUUGCCAAGGAACCAUGACAAGAACCGCUGUAUGGAUGUUCUCCCUUUGGAUCGGUGCCUCCCUUUCCUUAUCUCCGUUGAUGGAGAAUCAAGCAACUACAUUAACGCUGCACUCAUGGAUAGCCACAAGCAACCAGCUGCCUUUAUAGUUACCCAGCAUCCACUACCAAACACUGUAGCAGAUUUCUGGAGGCUGGUGUUUGAUUAUAACUGUUCCUCUAUUGUGAUGCUGAAUGAAAUGGAUGCUGCACAACUCUGUAUGCAGUACUGGCCAGAAAAGACAUCCUGUUGUUAUGGGCCAAUCCAAGUGGAAUUUGUUUCUGCUGACAUAGAUGAAGAUAUUAUCAACAGAAUAUUUCGGAUCUGCAACAUGGCAAGGCCACAAGAUGGAUACCGUAUUGUUCAGCAUUUGCAGUAUAUUGGCUGGCCAGCAUAUAGAGAUGUUCCUCCUUCCAAGCGCUCUCUGUUGAAAGUGGUUAGGAGGUUGGAGAAGUGGCAAGAGCAGUAUGAUGGACGAGACGGGCGGACAGUGGUCCAUUGCCUGAAUGGUGGUGGCCGCAGUGGCACCUUCUGUGCUAUUUGUAGUGUAUGUGAAAUGAUCCAGCAGCAAAACAUCAUUGAUGUGUUUCACAUAGUGAAAACCUUGAGAAACAACAAAUCCAACAUGGUGGAAACACUGGAACAAUAUAAAUUUGUAUAUGAGGUUGCACUGGAAUACUUGAGUUCAUUUUAACCGUCAAGGGCAUGGAGCUUGCUGAAUUCCAAAAGCCUUGAUGUUUGAAGGACAUCAGUCCUCUCCCCUUCAAAAGAGUAAAGGGAUGAAGAGUGUAAAGUUCUUCACUGCUGAGUGAGAGACCAGAUCAGAUCUCAGUGCCAUUGGGAGGAAGAAGGAUCUACCAAUAUCUGCUAUCCAGAACAUGUCUUGCUUUUUAAACAAUCUACUGUAUGAAUUGGAAAAGCAAGAAGCAGGCUGGAAGAUUCUGCUUUCUAAUACUUUCUGACUGAUUCUCUGCCAUUUUGGAUGUGUAUUUUUGUUUUUCCUUGAGACAAAUGGGGAUGGGGAAAAAAUACUUGGAUAAUCCUUUGUCUUCAGCUCUGCUUUCUGUUUUUUUGCUACAAAUCCUCACUUUAUAUUUUUAAUUUCAUUUAUCAGCCAUUUGGUAAAGGAAAAAAGCUUCAGUAGACACAUAUUAAGGCUUUCAGCACAGUAAGCCUUUGUGAUCAGCUUCUUAAAUGAAAAGGCCACUGUCAUGAAGCUGUACAUUCCUGUCUGCUGCCAUUGUCUCAGAAGCAGAGCACAGAGCUAAGAGGUUGCUGGUUAAUUUUCUGCCUUGGUUGUUACACAGUGCUAGUAGAUUUCCAAUGUUCUGCAUGGGUUGGUUACAUCUUAAUAGUUCAUAUCAACUGCAGCAUUUCUGAAGCAGUCCUGUAAAAUUGCACCUCCUAGCCACUGAAAAUGAGAACAUCUUAAAAUUGUCAUCACGUUUCCAACUAUUGUUCUUUGGUUUGUACUGAAGUUAAAUUCAUGUUACCAUAAGUAUUUGUGUGCAGUGUCCUUAAUGCUGAUUGAAAUGUAAGGAAAGGCUUAAAAACCCGUUGGGUUAUAACAAGCAUGGGCAAACUUUGGCCCUUCAGAUGUUUUGGACUUCAAAACAUUGUCGAAGUUUAAGUCCAAAACACCUGGAGGACGAAGUUUGCCCAUGCCUGGGUUAUAAGCAUAUUGCAGUAAGCUUAUUUUGGCGGUUGUUUCCAUCAACUAUCUAGUCUUUAUUAUAAAGACAGGUUCUGCCACGUGAUAAGUGAUGGUCAAGAUCACAGCCGUCUUGCAGACAUGGCUGAGAGACACUGAUCAGUAAGACUGGAUGGCAGCAGUUCACACCUUCUGAUAAACAGUAUUUUUAAUGAAAAAAUGAAGUAUGUAUUUAUUAGGAGUUUGCAGUACAGUCAAGUUUAUCUUUGCAAGUUAGACUUGUCAGUCAUAUUUCCCCAAACAGGGGAUAUAACAGAGUUGUAAGUAUCUGAUCUUGAGAUUGGAGAGGAGAGAUUGAUGUUUAUGGCAUGAUCAUGGUCCAAAAUAAAGUACAGAUUUCAUAUUUAUUAUCCAAUGGCUAGCCAAACAAUACAGUUCCUAUUUGAUAAAUGGCAAAAUGUUAGCUCUACAUAAUAGUAACAGCAGCAACAAAAGGGUCAACACUGGCAUAUUGAGGGACAGUAUCAAGAUUAUACUCCUCAGACUUUUCUUUAAAAUCUUAAAAUGCAGUUCUUGGAAAUGUACACCAAACAAUUCUGGUGUGUUGCCUCAGAUUAACAAUUAUAUUUUAAAGCUAUAGAAUCAUGUAUAAAUUGGGUAGAAUAUAAUGUCCAAUUUCUGUUUCACUAUGUGCCCUGUUUAAAAAAGAUUCCUUUUAUAAUUUUUAGUAUUUGUAUACAGUUAUCCAUCAUUAAUUAGCCUCCAGUUUCCUUUUAAAUAUGUGGAGAAAGGGAUCAAAAUUCCUCUCUGUCUGAUUCAGCUGAAUUAAUUAUGGUUUUUGAAGUUGGAUCUGAACAACAAUACAACUUUGGAUCAGGGUGAUCCAUUUUGCAAAAAAAUAUGAUGGCUGAGACUUUGCACACAACAAAUGCAAUUAGCAAGAAGGUAAGCUAAGAUGUAGCAUCUCCCAGAGCCCUUUAGCUGUGUGAGGUUACCAUGUGUCAGGUCUUUUGUCACAAGUACCAAUGUGGAAAGCCUGUUCUUUGAUAUUAAUACCUUUCCAAAUGGAUAUAUGAUUCAUUUGGGACAUUUACAUGCAUAAACAGAAUGUUUAAUUUUUGCUGUGCAGACCUACAUAGUGAAUCUACAUGAAAACUAACAUAAUAGUUUAUUACAUUCUCCAUUGGAAAUCACAGGCAUUUACAAACAUUUCAACAUAUCUGUUCAUACAUCUUUGAACAUAUGUUUGCAUCUCAGACCUAUUAUUAUUUUAGCCUUGAAAAAAAAAAACAAAAUACCUGGUAUGGGUGUUGAUGCUUUGCUUGGCAUACUCAGCUCGGUUUCCUGUCAGGGGAAAAGGUUUGCACAUUUAACAGUUUUAUUUUUUAGGAGUCCCUACUGUUGUGCUUCUAUCCUCAGGUCAUUUCAUUAAUAACCAGCCUUAGACAUAUUGAUUUGGGACAUUUGAAAUAUAGUAUUAAUUUCUUUUCUUUUCUUUUCUUUUUUUAGAAAAAAAUCAAAAAUCAAAGGGUAAAGCAACAAUAGCUGCAAGACAUCUUAAUUUAGAAGGCACCUUUAAUUAGUAAUCGUUUUGCUCCCAGGACAUAUUUUUACAAGUUCACUGGAAGGAUAAAAUCAUUAAAUCCCAGUGAAGCAAUCUAUGUUUUAAAUGUGCAAGUAAAUAACAGAAGUAGCUACAAAAUUUGUAGCAACCAGAGCUAGGGAUAAAAUCCUCCUGGAAAUGCUAAAUGUGUUAACAACAAAAGCUACAGAGCAUAAAACAGUCUUGCUAUUUGCUUGAGACAGCACAUUUUCUUGCCCAGUUUAGAGACCUUGUUUAUUGGGCUUGAUCCACCAUUGCUUACUUUGAUAUAAAAGAAUAGGAACAGCGUAAUAAACAGCAUAAUGCAUUUGUGAUUCCUCAAUCUUCUAUUCUGUGUGAUUGAGGCAUGAACAGGCAGUAUGUAAUCGAAGCAUUCUAGUUGAGUGCAGAGAGACUGUGUUGGGAAAAUGUCCCAGUUGUAAUUGUGGUUGACUGUUCUCUUGUUUGAAUAAAGACAGAGGCUGGAACUUGAUGAAUGGUGCUAUAGAUAUAUCUCAGUUAACAAAGUUGUAUUCCUGUAUUCCUGUGUAUUAUUUCUUGAACAGAAUGAUUGGUAUCAGCAGAGGAAACAACAUGGAAAGGAUAGGAAAAAGUUCUUGCACCACAAAAAGAUCAGUUCAGUAUAGAUCUGUGGUUUAACUCAAGCAUUAUUGCAUUGCUUAAUAUGCCACAAUGGUCUGAUAGCAAAAGCCUGUUACCUCCAGUUCUCUUAUACUAUCCUACCAAUGCAGAUGGUACUAAAAAAAGAUCCAGACAAAAGGCAAAGAGAAAGGAAAAAGAGCUUGCAAAACAAAAAGAUCUUUAUCAAAGGAUUUGUUAACUUAAAUAGACCAGCACUCUUGCAGCUAUAUAAUUAUUAUGAUUUAGGGAAGAUGUCAGGUGAAAUCUAAUAUAUAGAUAGGUAAAGGUAAAGGUUUUCCCCUGACGUUAAGUUCAGUCAUGUCUGACACUGGGGGUUGGUGCUCAUCUCCAUUUCUAAGCUGAAGAGCCGGCGUUGUCCGUAGACACCUCCAAGGUCAUGUGGCCGGCAUGACUGCAUGGAGCACUGUUACCUUCCCGCCGGAUCUAUUGAUCUACUUACAUUGUCAUGUUUUCGAACUGCUAGGUUGGCAGGAGCUGAAGAUAACAGCGGCCGCUCACGCCACUCCCGGGGAUUGAACCUGGGACCUUUCGGUCUCCAGCUCAGUGCUUUAACGCACUUCGCCACCGAGGCUCAUAAUAUAUAGAUAGUAAUAUUUAAUUUUAAAGAGAAGAAUGAUAGAGGAGAGGCAGGCACAAGGAAAAGCAAUGGACAUAUUUACCCUGUGAUACCACAGUCUGCCAUGAACACAAAUUAGUGCAAGUGUGGAGAGUGGAUCCAAACUGCCUGUUUUAUGAGGAGUGUUAAUGUACCAGCCCAGAAGAAAAUUGAGUAGAACUGAAGACAGGUUCCAUGUGGAAUAUUUAAAAAGAUAUGGGAGGGGGCAUAGAGAGAGAGCGAGAGAGAUAUGAAAUAUCAGAGGUGGGAUUGCAAGAGAAGAGGGAAAUGAACAUAUAGAAUCAUAGAAUCAUAGAAUCAUAGAAUAGUAGAGUUGGAAGAGACCACAUGGGCCAUCUAGUCCAACCCCCUGCUAAGAAGCAGGAAAUCGCAUUCAAAGCACCCCCGACAGAUGGCCAUCCAGCCUCUGCUUAAAAGCCUCCAAGGAAGGAGCCUCCACCACGGCCCCGGGGAGAGAGUUCCACUGUCGAACAGCUCUCACAGUGAGGAAGUUCUUCCUGAUGUUCAGGUGGAAUCUCCUUUUCUGUAGUUUGAAGCCAUUGUUCCGUGUCCUAGUCUGCAGGGCAGCAGAAAACAAGCUUGCUCCCUCUUCCCUAUGACUUCCCUUCACAUAUUUGUACAUGGCUAUCAUGUCUCCUCUCAGCCUUCUCUUCUGCAGGCUAAACAUGCCCAGCUCUUUAAGCCGCUCCUCAUAGGGCUUGUUCUCCAGACCCUUAAUCAUUUUAGUCGCCCUCCUCUGGACGCUUUCCAGCUUGUCAACAUCUCCCUUCAACUGUGGUGCCCAAAAUUGGACACAGUAUUCCAGGUGUGGUCUGACCAAGGCAGAAUAGAGGGGGAGCAUAACUUCCCUGGAUCUAGACGCUAUUCCCCUAUUGAUGCAGGCCAGAAUCCCAUUGGCUUUUUUAGCAGCCGCAUCACAUUGUUGGCUCAUGUUUAACUUGUUGUCCACGAGGACUCCAAGGUCUUUUUCGCACACACUGCUGUCAAGCCAGGCGUCCCCCAUUCUGUAUCUUUGAUUUCCAUUUUUUCUGCCGAAGUGAAGUAUCUUGCAUUUGUCCCUGUUGAACUUCAUUUUGUUAGUUUUGGCCCAUCUCUCUAGUCUGCCAAGAUCGUUUUGAAUUCUGCUCCUGUCUUCUGGAGUGUUAGCUAUCCCUCCCAGUUUUGUGUCGUCUGCAAACUUGAUGAUCGUGCCUUCUAACCCUUCGUCUAAGUCGUUAAUAAAGAUGUUGAACAGAACCGGGCCCAGGACGGAGCCCUGCGGCACUCUACUUGUCACUUCUUUCCAUGAUGAAGACGACGCAUUGGUGAGCACCCUUUGGGUUCGUUCGCUUAGCCAAUUACAGAUCCACCUAACCGUAGUUUUGUCUAGCCCACAUUUUACUAGUUUGUUUGCCAGAAGGUCGUGGGGGACUUUGUCGAAGGCCUUACUGAAAUCCAGGUACGCUACAUCCACAGCAUUCCCUGUAUCGACCCAACUCGUAACUCUAUCGAAAAAAGAGAUCAGAUUAGUCUGGCAUGACUUGUUUUUGGUAAAUCCGUGUUGACUAUUAGCAAUGACCGCAUUUGUUUCUAAGUGUUUGCAGACCACUUCCUUAAUGAUCUUUUCCAGAAUUUUGCCUGGUAUUGAUGUGAGGCUGACCGGACGGUAAUUGUUUGGGUCGUUCUUUUUUCCCUUCUUGAAGAUAGGGACCACAUUCGCCCUCCUCCAAUCUGCUGGGACUUCUCCCGUUCUCCAAGAACUCUCGAAGAUAAUUGCCAGUGGUUCUGAAAUAACUUCCGCUAGUUCCUUCAGUACUCUUGGGUGUAGCUGAUCUGGCCCUGGGGACUUGAAUUCGUUUAGAGAGGCCAAGUGUUCCUGGACAACUUGUUUCCCUAUUUGGGGUUGGAUUUCCCCCAAUCCUUCGUCCAUUCCGUGUUGCUGAGGUUGAAGAUGGCUUUCUUUUUCUGAGAAGACCGAGGCAAAGAAGGCAUUAAGUAGUUCUGCCUUUUCCCUAUCCCCUGUCCCCUGUCGCCAUCAUCCCAUCUUCUCCUUGCAAUGGCCCUAUCGCCUCCUUUUUCUUCCUUUUUCUACCAACGUAAGCAAAAAAGCCUUUUUUGUUGUUUUUUAUGUCCCUGGCAAGCCUGAGCUCAUUUUGCGCUUUAGCCUUGCGAACCUUUUCCCUACAGGUGUUGGCUAUACGUUUGAAUUCUUCUUUGGUGAUUUCUCCCCUUUUCCACUUCUUGUGCAUGUCACUUUUGAGCUUUAGCUCAGUUAGAAGUUCUUUGGACAUCCAUUCUGGCUUCUUUGCACUUGUCUUAUUUUUCUUCUUUGUUGGCACUGUUUGCAUUUGGUUUAAAAAUCCUUCGUUGUUGUCUGAGACUAAGAAGAAGUGUUUUCAGAAUAAGAGACUAAGAAGAGGAGUUUGGAAUAUCAUUUCUAGCAAAUAGACUGCCACAUUUCUCCAAGGUACAGAACGAUAGAAACACACAGUUAGAAGAGCACAAGAACCAUCCAGUCCAACCCCCUGCCAUGCAGGAAUUCACAAUCCACACACCCCUGACAAUAUGUUAAUCUUUUUAUUUUAAAUAUUCCUGUCUGCCUCCUAUACAACUCAAGGCAGUUUAUACUUUAUGCAAUAUAAAAGCUGAGUAUCCCUUAUCUGAAAUGCUUGGGAUCCAAAUUCAAACUUUGAAAUAACUGAAGUUCAUAGCAUACAUAACAAGAUAUCAUGGAGAUAGGACCCAAGUCUAAACAUGAAAUUCAUUUAUGUUUCAUAUACACCUUAUGCACCUUAUGAAGGUGGUUUUAUAUAACAUUUUAAUCAUUUUAUGCAUGAAAUGAAGUUUGUGUAUAUUGAACCACCGGAAAGCAAAGGUGUCCAUAUCUCAACCACUCAACUUUGAAUUUGGAGUAUUACAUAUUUUGAAUUGCUUGACAAAAGAUGUUCAACUGAGAUUUGAUAUACAAUCAGCGUGGGAUGCAUGCUGUAAUGGAAAUUUGACAACCUCAGAUGUCAUCUACAUUGAUUAUUCAAUGUAGUUUGGAGCUAACUUCAAAUUGCAGUGGUCAGACAACAAAUUCCUACAAACAUGCAUGAAAGAAAACCUUUAAUGCAGAUCAGUGUUCUUUGGUUUUACUAUCUUGGGCCUCAAACUGGUUUUAGGAUUUUCUAUGUAAUCAUCUGUACAGUGAAACUAUUUUCUUCAAUAUUGAUUUGAAACUGCAUUUAAUGGUCAAUGUAGAUGGGCCCUCAGUGAGCUUUAGCUUGAUAAAUUAUCUAUGAAACUGUACUAGUAGGAUAAAAAAUAAAAAAAGAAUUUGGAUAAAAGAUGUCCAGGAUUUUCUGGAUUGAUAGAAGUCUUCACUGUUUAGGAGUGUUGUUUUGUGCAGAAAACACCAUGUUUCCUUGAAAGAAAAUGUUUCGUGCACAGUAAAUAAUGUAGUUGGGGACUUUUUCUGCACAAAAUGUGGAAAACAGCAUUUUCUGCACAGGGAAAAAUGCAAAUUUUGUGCAGAAGUACUGAGCUAUGAUUAGUGUGAAAACUAUGCAGUUUUUAAAGACUUUCCCAUAGCAAGAAAAAUUCUUAAAAUAUUAUUUUUCUCAAGGAAAAAAUUAGAAAAGAAUUAUUAUUAUCUGACUGUAACGAAAACUCAACAUCUCAGGAAAUAUAUGGGGAAUCCUCCAUGAACCUACUGUAUUAUUUUCUAACCCAAUUCAGAAACGCUAGAGAUUUAUCAUAAGUAAAUAAUAACAACAUGCAAUUGUGAAGUAUGUUCAGGAGGGAAAUGUCUUAUACAAUUGAAUUGUUAUAUUCUGUAUUUCUCACAGAACAAUGUUUAAGCCCACUCUCAUCAGCCAUUCAAGGCUACGAAGUCCACUUUGCAGCAGUGCCUUUGAAAAAAAGCAUCCCUCCUACAGUAUUGUUAAAAAUGCUUUGUGCUUGAGAAAUGCUUGACAUUUUUUCAUCUCCACCCAUCAAAUAAAUGAAAUAUUGAGUGGAGUGUGAUGGAAGAUCUAUUUAGACAUGGUGAUAUUCUAUGCACUUCACGCACUGCGUGGGUGCUAACAAAUAGACCUUGAAUAGAUUUAAGAAUGAUGUGAGGUUUCUUAAGUUCAGCUUCCUUGUUGACUGAGAUUUUUUUUAAUGGAAGAAAUAACUCUGAUGCCACACACUCAAAAUGAUGUAAACUGGGGCUAUAAGUAACAACCUUAUUUUCACUCACCUUUCUAAUGUCAAGAAUAGAACUGUAAAUGUUAAUAUCUUCAUUCCUAUCACACCGUAGUUGAAGAUGCUGGCAAAGAUGGAUGUAAAGAAAGAAUGGAGAUAAAGAAUUGCAUACAAAACUCAAGAAGUGUUGUUCUAGGUUUUGAGCACAGUCAACAUUUCCUCACCUUAUGACUGCCUUACAUUUUAAGAAGUUCUUCACUGAGAUAACCGCUAGAAAAUAUUUUUUAAAACAUCUCAUUGACAGAACAAGCCGACUGAUGCUAGAAGCAGCUGGUACAAUCUAAACAUGUUAAUAGUACAUCUCUGAAGUUUUUCAGUGAACCAAGUAGUCCUUUUUUCACAAAAAAAAACCCCACAAUGUUCUUGUAAUUUUUGUUUUUUAAACAAAGGUUCCUGUCUCAUAAAUUCCUGCCCAUGUCCUGGCCACCAAAAUAACCAUGAUACAAUAAUCAAGAAAUUGUGGCAAACAGGCUGCUGUGUAUAGACUUGCCAGCAGACAAAUAUCUCAUUUAUUGAAGCUGUUCUUCCCUGUGAGAUUUUCUGUAACUUUCCAUGCUGUGUUGUAUUAAAGAGAAGUGCUAAAAGUAAGCCAUGUUGUGCUGGUAAUGUUUCUAUACAUUCAGAGGGGUAGAUCAGCACAACUACACUGUGGUGUCAAGGAAGUCCAUUAGCUGUAUUUAAUGUGUUCAUAGGUCUCCAAAAACUAUGUCUUGUUGUACCAGCAUUCCACAUUCAUUUACUGUUUGUCAGCAAGGUUUUAUCAGGUUAGCUAGUCCAAAAGUGAAUGCAUACUGUUACAUUACAUUGUUAAUAUUGGAGAACCAAGCCAUUUCUUGGCCUGUUAUCAGCCAUUCUUCUUUCUCUUUUUGGACAAUCCCAUGAUUGGGUUGACAGAGUUAUUAGCUAAGGAAUCUCCCCAUAAGCUUUGGCAUCAUUAAGCAAUCCUGUAAAUUGCGUCCUCUGUAAAGAAUAGAACUUGCCAUAUCCAGAGAAACAUAUUUUGUAUCCUGAUAUUUUCUAUGCUAUUGACUACAUAAGUGCUCAUAGAUAAGACCAAUUCUCAACAUCAAAGUGGGAGGAAAAAACAUAAUUUGAUUACUUUUCCCCAUACUAAAACAGGUUUUGGAAAUCAGUUUUGUUCAUACAAAAAAAAAAAAACCCCGAACAAAAUGCAAUUAUAGAUGAGCUAGGAAGGAUGGGGAGUAAGCACUAACCUGUUCUCAUUACUUUUCCCUUCUUUUAUCACCUCACCUUCUGAAGCCAAGAUGUACUAACAUCCAAAAGGGCAUAGUGUCAGCUAUAUUCCUGUUAUCUUCUCCCUGCAAGAAUGAGGGGGAUGUAACUGUACUCAACAUGUCCCAAGCUAGUCCAAAAAUUGUCUUUUAGUUGAGGAGAGCAAAUUUUGGCUAGCUGGAUUGUUGCAUGAUGGCUAAAUAACCUUUCUUUUGCAGGUACCCUGGAUGCCUAAGUUUAUCACUGAAGCUCAGUUGUACAGUUUGGAUGUUUGAUAGAUAAAGCACGUAUUAAAAAGAGAGAAAAAAGGAAAAUAUAAAUAUGAACAAUUCAGCACUGUGCAUUCAGAGUUUUCUUUUCUUUCUGGUUUACAAGAAGGGAAGGUAAAUGUCAAGUCAAUGAAUAUCAGAUAUAUUUUUUGACUGUACAUUACAGUGAAGUGUAAACUUUUUUUUACAACUGCAAGUCCAUCUUAUUUAUUCUUGUAAAUGUUUCCCAGAUAAUGUUUGUAAUAUGGGCUGUGUUGCAAAAUCCAUACAAUAAACCUGUGAUCCAAGAUUAAUGUUUUACUAAGA